AUGGCACGGUGCUCCCGCGCCUGUCUCACGCUGCUUCUUCUUGCGUGUUGUGCCCUUGUCCAGAGCUCCUACGGGUCGAGACCGUCUCCCCGGGUGCGGCAGAACCCCGGGGUCCUGUCUCCGACGAUGGUUCACGGCGCCGUCUCCACGGAGGGUGCGACCGAUCAUCAUGGAGCAAACGCUGAUGAUGGUGGUGGUGCUCCUGCAACUUUGGCGAUGGGCGAGGCUGGCGUUGUAUCGUCGGAGCAGAGAAAGGGUUCAGGGGCGCCGGUGCUGCAGCAAGCGCUCGGAAGGAUGCUGGGCUCGAAGCUGGCGCAGCGGGUGCUGGGAGGGGAGGCAGAGGACUCGGCGGCCGGCCCGUCGUGCCACUCCAACAACGCACACAAUACCUGUGCCCCGCCGGCGCAACACUGACCGGGGCGCUUCUUCUUGCACUAGUCUCCCAGACUCCCAGUUGAUUCAUUCAUCGUUGAUGCUUUCAUGACACUAGAACUUUCGAUCUUGUUCUUUCAAAGCAUGUGUCUGGGAGCUAGCUAGUCCGAGUUGAU